AUGGCACUAAAGCUGAGACGGAGACGGGAGCUGAGCACACUGCAGACGGAGGAGAGCAGAGCUCGCUGCAGAAUCAUUGUUAUAACUGUGUGCUGUGUAACGGUCAUUCUGACAACCUUGAUAGUGGGCUUGUACUUUACGGUCAGGAUUGUGAAUACCAAAUUUUUCUACUGCUCUGGAUCUUUGUGGUUUAUUUCAAUAGAGAAGGCGUGUGAUGGAAAAGUUGACUGUGCACGUGGUAAGGAUGAGCUCAACUGUGUAUCCAGACUGCGAACAAAUGGCACGUUUCCAGUGAAGUUGGUAGGGGACAGGUUGGUCCUGCAGGUGUUCAUUAAUGAGGGAGGAUGGAGAACAGUGUGUGCUGACAAUUGGAGGACUAAGCAUACACGGUUAACCUGUCAACAACUGGGCUUUACUCUGAGUCCACGAAGUGUUCGGGUCCCGGUGAAGGGUAUACUAAUUCCAAGCCUUCUGAGCGCAUAUGCUACAGUUGGCAUGGAUUCGAUAAACACUGACAUCCAGAGUUUUCUUAUUGCUAGUGAUAAAUGUGUCUCUGGGUCAGUGGUGUCUUUGUCAUGUUCAGACUGUGGGGAGGUAGUGGAAGAGGACCGCAUUGUUGGUGGGGUGGACACAGAAAUAGAACAAUGGCCGUGGCAGGUCAGUCUUCAAUGGAACCAUAAGCAUAUGUGUGGAGGAGCGUUGUUGUCCACACUCUGGAUUGUAUCCGCAGCUCAUUGUUUCACCGGGCGAACAAGAGAGUUGAGUCGAUGGACGGUGGUAAUGGGUCACUCCCAAUUGGAGAAUGUGAGGGGCGUCACUGUAGAACAUGUUGUCGUGCACAAGGAUUACAGCCGCCAAACCAAUGACUUUGACAUCGCCAUGCUUAAACUCACCUGGCCUGUCACGCUCAAGGUAUCAACUUUGCCAGUUUGUUUACCACCACACCAGCUGCCUGUGAAGGAUAUGCUUGUGGUGACUGGAUGGGGCUUGCUAAAGGAGAAGGGUCAGGUGCCCUCAGUACUACAGAAAGCUUCAGUGCCACUGAUUGACAAAUCUGAAUGUUCAAAGCCCGAGGUUUAUGGUUCCACCAUUACUCCCAGAAUGCUUUGUGCUGGAUUUCUCGAUGGGAAUAUAGAUUCAUGUCAGGGUGAUAGUGGGGGUCCACUUGUGUACCUUUCAUCCCGUUGGCAAUUAUUGGGCAUAGUGAGUUGGGGUGUGGGAUGUGCGCGUGAGGGAAAACCUGGAGUUUACACUGAUGUUAGUCAACUUUUGGACUGGAUCUACACUGUAAUCGAGACACUCAACAGAAUCAAAUGUAGCCAGUACAACGUCACAGACACUUUCUGA